AUGAGAACUUCUCAUCAUGUUGCGUUCUCUGUUUUUGUCCUAUUUCUUGUGUCCUCUCUUCUUGGCACAUCAUCAGCAAAGAAGCUGUGCAGCGAUGGCGAUAGUGGUUGUUUCCGGUCUAGGGUUUUGGCCGCGCAACGAGCUGAUCUAGUGACGGAGCUUCCGGGACAGCCGCCGGUGAAAUUCCGGCAAUACGCUGGUUACGUGACGGUGAAUGAGACACAUGGAAGAGCAUUAUUCUAUUGGUUCUUUGAAGCCACUCAUAAUCCAAGCAAAAAGCCUCUCCUUCUUUGGCUCAACGGAGGACCGGGAUGUUCAUCGGUCGGAUUUGGAGCAUCUGAAGAACUCGGACCCUUUUUUCCUCAAAACUCGACUCAGCCUGAUCUCAAGCUAAAUCCAUACAGCUGGAACAAAGCGGCGAAUUUGUUAUUCUUGGAAUCGCCGGUUGGAGUUGGAUUCUCCUACUCUAACACAAGCCGUGAUAUUAGCCAACUUGGCGACACCGUCACAGCGAAAGACUCGUACUCCUUCCUCGUCAACUGGUUCAAGAGAUUCCCUCAGUACAAAUCUCACGACUUUUACAUCGCCGGAGAAAGUUACGCCGGCCAUUACGUUCCUCAACUUUCGGAGGUCAUCUACAAUCAAAACAAGAUUGCCCCCAAGAAAGAUUUCAUUAACCUUAAGGGUCUAAUGAUAGGAAAUGCAUUGAUGGACGACGAAACGGAUCAAAAGGGGAUGAUAGAUUACGCGUACGACCACGCCGUGAUAUCAGACGGAUUGUACAAGAGAGUGAAUGAACACUGCGAUUUCAAACUAGAACAUGUGUCCAAAGAAUGCAAUAAAGCUUUAGAUGAGUACUUUGACGUAUACAAGAUCCUUGACAUGUAUAGUCUCUACUCUCCAAGGUGUGUCCCUACCACCAAAAAUAACUCAUCCAUUUCUCAUUCCGUCGCCGGAAACCGCCGCCUUCCCGCUGUCCGAGGCGUCUAUCGUCCCCGUCUCUUCUCCAACAAUGAGGGAUGGCGGAAAAUGGGAGCCGGGUACGAUCCAUGUGCAUCGGACUAUACAGAAACAUAUUUGAACAGAAGAGACGUUCAAGAGGCACUUCAUGCAAAUGUCACCAACAUCUCUUACCCUUGGACUCAUUGCAGUGAUCGUAUCUCGUUUUGGAGUGACGCUCCUGCUUCCGUGCUUCCUACCUUAAGAACACUUGUUUCAGCCGGAUUACGCAUUUGGGUUUUCAGUGGGGACACAGACGGUAGAAUCCCGGUGACAGCAACUAGAUACACAUUAAAGAAGCUUGGUCUUAAGACAGUCCAAGACUGGACACCUUGGUACACCAAACAACAGGUCGGUGGGUGGACGGUGGAGUACGACGGACUAACGUUUGUGACGGUGAGAGGAGCCGGACACCAAGUUCCAACAUUCAAACCUAGAGAGGCUCUUCAGCUUGUUAACCAUUUCCUAGCUGAUAAGAAACUUCCUACUUUGCCUUUUUGA